AGUGCUAACAAGAAUACCAUGCUAAGCACAACGUUGGGAAUUAUGCAAUACUGAGAAUAAUACAUUAGCUCGGUAAUGUUACAGAUGGCAAGUUAGACAGUUUACAAAAGUAGGUAGUUAGCUACCUAAAUCUUUUUUAGGUACUGUACCUCGCAAGUUACCUAACGUUAAAUGCAUCUACUGUGGUCUAGGUAACCUGCUAGCUAAGCUACCAGUAGAGUACUCCACUGAGUGGCGUGCGGCAUAGGUAUCUAGAAAUGGUGCAAGGUGCCAAGGAAUUCGAUGACAGUUGAUAUUUUCAAGUUUAUUGAAUCUGACCAGCAUUAAUUGUAGCUAACGUACAUUCUUAAUUCGAUGUAAGAACAUUUAGGGGCGAGAGCAGUGAUGAGUUCCUUCGAAGAGGUUUGUGAUUUCAGAGUCUUACUGUAAUAACAUAAUUAGCAGUGAACGAGGUUGAUGGACCCCAUGGUAUGGAGACAAGAGAGGAGGUUCAUGGUGUUUUUGGAAUGAAUGGGGAGAUUAUUGUACCAGUGAAAGAUGAGGAAAAAGAAGCGUUUGUAAUGGAGGAGAAAGAGGGUAUUGCAAGAUUGAAAGAAAAAUAUGUUACAGUGAAAGAAGAAGAAGCGUUGUCCUUUAUGGGGGAGGAUGAUACUACAGCGAAACAGGAGGAAGAAAAAGAAGAUGCAGUUUUUAGAGUGAAGGAGGAAUUGGAGGAGCCUGCUGUCACAGAGAAAGAUGAGAAAAUUGUUUUUGGAGUGAAAGACAAGGAAGAUGUUUCAGUGAAAGAAGUUUUUGUUUUGGGAUUAAAAGUGGAGACUGAGGAAGAAAAGGCGAUGGUUGUCAAGGUGAAAGAGGAAAAGAAGGACGAAGACCAGACUGGAGAUCUGAUUACCCCCAGUACUUCAUGGAGCUUCUGGACUUCAACCAGGAAAACAGAAGCAUCUCAAAGGACUGCAACCAGGAGACCAGCGGCAUCUCAAAGAGCCUCAACCAGGAGACCAGCAGUGUGCCAGAGAACUCCAACCAGAAGACCAGCAGUGUAUCAGAGAGCCCCUCUGGCUGACAGACCUGCUACAAUACAAGAGGGUCAGAGUGAAGUGACCCCCAGCACCAGUGGAGGGGAGGCAGGGAGUUCCACACAGGGAGGGGGGACAGACACCCCCGCAGUCACACAGGGAGGGGCUCCCUUGUUGCACCCCAAGUUAACCUCAGAAAUGUCAAAGAAAAUAGAUUGGUUUGAAAGACGGACGGACAGGUACAGGUGCGGCAGAAACAUGAGAGACAGACCUAGAGUCACUUACACGGAGGAGGAGGAGGAUGAAGAACAGGGAGAGGUGUCCCAAGAGGACCACUACCUCUACUGUGAGGACUGCGGGUCUUUCUUCAUGGAGGAGUGUGAGCUCCAUGGUCCUCCCAUCUUCAUCCCUGACACCCCUGCCCCUCCAGGAGUCCCUGACAGGGCCAGACUCACCCUGCCGCCCGGCAUGGAGAUCAUGACAUCAGGCAUCCCUGGAGCAGGACUGGGGGUGUUCAACCAAGGGGUCACUGUGGCUCUAGGAACCCACUAUGGACCUUAUGAAGGAGAGAAUAUAGACAAGGACCAGGCCAUGGAGAGUGGAUACUCCUGGGUGAUCUACAACAGCAGGCAGUGUGAUGACUACAUCGAUGCUCAGAGAGAAACUCACUCCAACUGGAUGAGGUAUGUCAACUGUGCCCGUAAUGAAGAAGAACAGAAUCUGGUGGCCUUCCAGUACAGAGGAGGGAUUCUGUACCGCUGCUGUAAGCCCAUAGCUGUUGGAGACGAGCUGCUGGUUUGGUACGGAGAGGAGUACGCCAGAGACCUGGACUUUGUCUUUGACCACCUCUGGGAUAAAAAGAGCUCUGCUAAAGAUGUGAACUCUAAAUCUUCCCAGUCCCGGAUCUACUACUGUUCCUGCUGCCCAUUCUCUUUCACCUCUCAGGUCUAUUUCCACAACCACAUAAAGAGAUGUCACCAUGAACAGUACAUCAGACUACUGAGGAGUGGAGAGAUCAAAGCAGAAGGUGUUAUGUCUUUCAGUAGUUCACAACAACAUCAAACCACCUCCCGUUCCUCCAAACCACCUCCCACUCGGAAGCCAAGAGGGACAUCCAAGCCACAACCUUACCAUUGCUCCCAGUGUGGGAAGAAUUUUACUAGAGACAACAGUCUUAGAACACACCAGCGCAUUCAUACAGGAUAUAAGCCUUUUCACUGUUCCCAGUGUGAGAAGACAUUCAGUAGAGAGGAUGUUCUUAGAACACACCAACGCACUCACACUGGUGAGAAACCAUACCACUGCACUCAAUGUGGGAAGACUUUCAGUCAGCUACAGCAUUUAACAGGUCACCAGCGCAUUCACACUGGAGAGAGGCCAUACCACUGUUCCUACUGUGAGAAAAGUUUUUGUCAGUCAGGAGACCUAAAGAAACAUAAACGCAUUCAUACAGGAGAGAAGCCAUUUCACUGUUCCCAAUGUGAGAAGACUUUCAGUCAGGAGGGUAAUCUUAGAACACACCAACGCACUCAUACAGGGGAGAAGCCAUACCACUGCUCCCAGUGUGGUAAAACUUUUAGUUGGUCAGGAGACUUCAAGAUACAUCAACGUAUUCACACAGGAGAGAAGCCAUACCAUUGUUCCCGGUGUGGAAAGACUUUUAUUCGGUCAGACAGGCUAAAAACACAUCAUUGUUCUAAAGAGUAGUAGUAAAGUGGAUCUUGAUGUUUAAUUUAAGAAUGGGAUGUUGGUGAGAAGGCUAUAUUAAUAUGACAGUGAUAGUAAAUGUUAAGUAUGUGUAUAUAAAAUGUUUCUAAUAUAACUUUAAAUAUAAGACAUCUCAGUCUUGAUUUGUAUCAUGGUCGCAUCAUAUUACAGUUUUUUACAGUCGCUAGGACACAUUUCCCAAUACUUCGGUCACUUUUUCAAAACUCUUCACACAGUUCUCCAAACAAACUUUCAGCUCGGCACAGCAGUUCAUUUCACUUUCAAAAUGCACUAAAACUACCAAAUCACUUCAUACAUGUCUCAAAUCAACUCAUUCUUC